AUGGUGAUUGAGCGUAGGUUGUCAUACAAUAAAUUGGUUGGGAGAAGAUGUGAAAGAUUUGGGUGGGAUAGAGAGAUUGGAAAACCGAGCAUGUCACAGUUGUUUGAUAGUACCGGUAAUGGGUUAAGGCAUUACGGCGCAAUCAAGCACAAACCAUCAUUGGAAGUCCUGUAUUAUCUUCCUAGAAUGUCAUGUAUAGAUUUGUAUGUUGGUUCUAAGGAUAUUAUCCACUCUGGGAGGGUAUGGAACCAGAUAGACAAAAUGCAAGGGAUGAGUCGGGAUGGACCAUACUUUGAGAAUCUGGCUAAUACGGAUUACAAGGAAAAUGGCACUGAUCUGAAUGAUGAGAAAUGCUCAUCAGGAAGUUAUCAUCUAGAUGCAGAGACGAGUCAGGGUGGCCUAAUGUUUGAGAAUCCAGUUAAUGAGAAUUACAUGGAAGAUGCAGAUUACAAGAUUGAACGAUGA